AUGGCUUCCGACCCUCUCUCCCCGAGCCGCGUCGAGACCGAAAUGGCAGGAGCUGAUGCUGACGCCGAGGCCGAGGCUGCCAUUGCUGCUGCUGUUGCCGCUGCCGGCGCAUCGCCCGAACACGAUCCUCAGCUCGAGGACACGGCGUCACGCGACUCCGAAGCCGCGGCCGCCCCUGCAAAAGACGACGGCGCUGCACAACCAGACACGAUCGACGACCCGUCAGCGGCACCACCAUCAUCCACCCGAUCCUCGCCCGAGCCCGGCGAAACACACUCGGCAUCCCCGGCCCCCAGCGCCUCCGACCCCCCUCUGCCCGACGAACAGCCUCCCCUGCCGAACGAGGCGCCGCCGCUCCCCAACGAGGCGCCGCCCGUCGCUGGAGACGACGGCUGGGAUUUCCAGUGGGACGCCACGACCCAGGCCUACUUCUUCUACAACCGCUUCACCGGCGCCACGCAAUGGGACAACCCGCGCCUCGCCGCCGCCGCCUCCUCGUCCACGACAGCCGCGCCCGGCGCACCAGGCACGACAGCCGCGGCCACAGCCCUCACCGCGCCGCCGCCGCUGCCAGCAGACACAUCGCGCCCGCCCGCCGGCGGCUACAACCCCGCCAUCCACGGCGACUACGACCCUACGGCCUGGUACGCCCAGACGGAGCCCUCGGAGGAGGAGCAGCACGCUGCCGCCGCGCAGGCCGGACAACUGCUGGGAGGCGACUACGCCGCCGCGGUCGCCUUUAACCGCUUCACGGGCCAGUUCCAGGCCGCCGGGGACGGGCCGGAUCGGCACUCGGACGAGGCCAAGAGCAGGCGGCAGAUGAAUGCCUUCUUCGACGUCGACGCCGCGGCCAACUCGCACGACGGCCGGAGUCUCAAGGCCGAGAGGUCGGGGAAGAAGCUCAGCAAGACGGAGCUGAAGCAGUUCAAGGAAAAGAGGAAAGCGAGAAAGGAGGAGAAGAGGAGAGCAUGGCUGAGGGAUUAA